CCGGCGCACAUGCGCGCAGCUCUUCUGGAAGCGCGGGAGGCUCGCUUUGUGGCGGCCCCGCCUCGGCCGUUCUGACCGUUCCGUUUCCUGAGCCUCUCGGCCGUUCGGCCUGCCAUGGCCCGGCGCGAGCGAGCGGCGGGCGGCGGGGAGGGAGCGCCCGCCGCGGCUUCCGGCGGCCUGUGGUGAGGUCCCGACAGCCUCUCGGCCGCUCGUGCCGCGCUUUCCGUGAAGUCGCCUCGCCGCCGUGAAGAUGAGCGCGGGCGGCCUCGCGUCCUUCGAGAAGCAGCACCUCUGGAUGUACCUGCGGGCGCUCGGCUUCGAGCCCGGCCCCGCGGCCGCGGCCAGCGGGAAGCUCGCGUCGCACGCGCACCUCGGCGUGAACAUGUUUGAUAAGCUGAACCGAGAUGCCUUUCACAUAGUUUCUUAUUUUUUGUUUCAAACUCUGGACCAGUCUCUCACCAAAGAAGUUUUCAAGUUUUGCUGGCCUCCAUAUGACCAAAAAAGUGAUGCUGAAUUCCGGAAGCACUGUUGUGAAUGGUUAAAAAAGAUUUCUGCCGAGUGUGAAGGUGGCUUUCCUCAAGUGGUUGGUUCACUGUUCCUUUCUCCCGGCGGGCCAAAGUUCAUUCAUCUGAUGUAUCAUUUUGCAAGAUUUGUUGCCGUAAAGUAUAUUAAAGCCAAUUGCAAAAAUUCUUCUCUGCAAUUUACAGAAAUGUUUAACGUAAAGACACAAGAUAUGCACAAGUCCCUUGCCAGAUGUCAUAUAGCACGUAACAGGUUUUUGCAGGUUUUACAAAGGAAAGAUUAUGUAAUCCAAAAAUAUGAGGAAAAUGCACAAUUGUCACUUAAGCAAGUGCGGAAUUUGAGAUCAGAAUAUAUGGGAUUGCAAAGCCAAGUAAAAAAAAUGGAACCCUCUGAUGACCAGAGUCAUAUAAAAGAAAAAAUUGAAAAGGUUCGAUCUCUGUGGACCCAAGUAAAUGAAACACUCACAGUUUUGGAAGAAGAAAGAGAAGUUAUUAAUUCAAUCCUUAAUGUUGUGAACCAGUAUGAUUUAGAUGGGAGUAAUGUUUCUAUUAAUAUUCCAAGUCUCUUACUUGACAAAAUUGAGAAACAGAUAUGUCAGUUGCACAUAGGAAAUGUUUAUGAGGCUGGAAAAUUGAACCUUUUAACAGUUAUUCAGUUGUUGAAUGAAGUCCUGAAAAUAAUGAAAUAUGAACGCUGUCAGUCUAAUCAAGCAAGCUUUACAAUAGAUCGUCACUACCUUGAAAAAGAGACCAGAUUUCAGAGGGAAAGGUUAUCACGCCUGAAGCAAAUGAGGUGUAAAAUAAAAGAAGAUCUUAUCACUGUAGGACAUUCUGUUAUAGAAAAGCAAGGAGAGUGGGAUAGGAAAUGGGAAGCACUUCUCGGUGUGUCUCCUUUCAGUCUAUUUAAAGGCCACACUCCAGCUGUGGAUCUUUUGCCACCUAUGUGUCCCCUUUCCUUUGAUCCUGUCUCAGAGGAAGUAUAUGCAAAGAGUAUUCUUUCUCAGUAUCCUGCUUCACUUCCAGAAAUACCUAAGCAACAUAACCAAGAAAAUGAUUGCCGAAAACACAUUGAUACACUGGCAGCUGUGUGUGACAUAGCCAACAGUUCUGCCUCUUUUCUGUUGCGGUCAGCUUCAUCGUCAGAGAGAAACAGUGUUGCGCUACUUGGAAAGGAUACAGUGAUGAGAGCUCCCAAAGAGAAAGGUGAAAUAAUUUCUAAGAAAAUUCCAGAAUUGGAAGGGCAGAACUCUGUAUUGUGGGAUGCUGCAGAGGAUGCAGAGAAUAGGAUGUCCGGAGGGUCUCUGCCAGCCGAAAAAAGGGACCCGUUCCAGAAAGAGCAAGAUCUCCUGGUGGAAGAGGUUGCUAGGGCAGUUUUAUCUAAUUCACCACAGGUCUCUGAAGGAAAAGAAGUAAAAUUAGAAGAACUAAUUGACUCUAUAGUUUCUAACCCCUUCUUAACAAGGAAACAGAUUCCUCGAACUCCAGAAAAUUUGAUAACUGAAGGUAGGAGCUCCUGGAGACAAGCUGUUGAAAUGGAAGAUACUGGAAGUACAGAACCAAUUCAGAUGGAUACUCACCGUGGAGAAGUAUUGCCAGAGUCCUUACCUGUGUUGCACAGUCAAAGAGAGUUCAGCGUGGCCAGCCUUUUCUCAGAUUUUAGCCAGUCUUACUUGCCUGAAGAGAAAGUCGUUUUGGACUGUCUUGAGGAUGUGCCUGAGAAACCUGUGACUAGUCAUAUCGGUGAACCCAUGACAGAAAACAAGUCCGAUUUGUUAAGUAAGAAAAUAGUUUGUAAGCAAGACUUAGAAUGUGCAGCUUUACCGACCAAGCUUUCAGAAACUAGCCCAAUGGAGCUUUCUCCUUCUGUACGUAAUAGGAUCAAUGUGAUGAUGGGUAGGAGUGAAGAUAAAUGUGUUAAAGCAUUGGAGCACCCACAGGCUUCUCACAAUGAAACUUUCAUGUAUAAGACUGUGUUAUGGGACUCUUUUCAGAUAUUAAGUGGAAUUAGUUCUAAGAGUCUUAAUGAUAUGGAUUUUGGCAUAUUACAUGAAACUCUUCCAGAAGAAGUUGGCCGUCUGAGUCUCAAUAGCUCUGGUAGUUCUGAGACCCACUUUAAACUGGCAUCGAAUAGCCCUGUGCACAGUGGCACUUUUUUGGAUGAUGUUAUGAAAGGAGAACAGAUGGCUCCAGAAUCAGAAUUCAGUUUCCAGGCUAUUCACAGUAAUUACGAGGCUCUAAAGAAAUCUCUUCCCAAGACAAGGGAAGAAUCUUAUCUCUCUAAUCCUGAAGUUCUUGAAAGACACGAACGAGAAGUGAGUGCUGUAGCCAAAAACAUGCAAGCAGAUAAUAUGCUUCAUAUUUUGGACAGUGAUGAUUUGCUCACUGGCUGUGCAAAGCCAUCUUUGUGCCUGUCGCUUGGUGAAGGAAAACAGUCUCUGUCACCACUAAUUAAGUUUUCUCCAGUGGAGCAAAAAUUGAGGACCAUCGUGCCACGUAGCGUUGGAGAACCAUGUAGUCCUCUAGAACUUCUACCUAGUUUAAAAGAAGAAGAAAUCUUGAAUAAGAGCCUUAAUGCGGAAGCACCGGACUCGACAGCCUGAUGCAGUACCUGUAAUUUAAGUGUGAUGCACCGAAUUGAAGCCAUGUUGCGGAACAGGAAGUGAUUUGUAACUUAAGUACACAGUUAGAAGUGUAACACUAGGUUUCAAAGAUGUAUAAAGAUCCUAAGCGCCUCUUAGCUUCUUGUGAUGUUUUUAGAUGAGGAAAGUAUGUUUGGAUUUUUUUCUUCCUAGUGAUAUGAAGGUGAAAUGUUAAGUUGUGGGAAGUCAUUGUGUUGAAUAAUCUUGUAAGCAUUAAGUAAAUAACAAAAGUGAUUUGUUACAAUUUCAGUUAACAUGAGUGGCUUUUGAUGGACUGACUAAAUGGUUAAACAGCCACUGGAUAUAUUCAUCUUUCAUUUUAGAGAAAUAAAACACUUAU